AUGAUCAAGGGGAUCUGCACAACAGGGAAAACCGGCAUGACUCUCGAGCUCCUCAAGUCCAUGAGGGCGGAGGAUAGUUUUUCCGAACCUGAUAUCGUCGCCUACAGCACGGUCAUCAACUACUUGUGCAGAGAGGGAGAUGUUGACAAGGCUGUGGAGCUACUCGAGGAGAUGGCUGCGAGGGGGACCUCCCCUAGUUUGAUCACAUACAACUUCAUCAUCCAUUCAUUCUCCAUUUCCAACCGUUGGGAAGACGCCAUGAAGAUCUUCACGGGGAUGGUUGGCCGGGGGAUUUCCCCGAACAUUGUGACAUUCAACACACUGCUGAAUUCUCUGUGCAAACACGGCAGAGUCCGAGAAGCCCAGAAGCUGUUCGAUCUAAUGGGUACGAGAGGGGAACGGCCCGACGCCUUUUCCUACAACAUACUGAUGCGUGGCUACUGUCUGAUGGGCCUCGUCGAGAUCGCGGGGAAAAUCCUCGAGGCCAUGAGGAGCGCUGGCGUCCAACCGACCACUGACAGUUUUUCUAUACUAGUCGAUGGGUACUGCAAGAAUGGGAGACUUGAUGAGGCUACAGAGAUAUUCAGGGAGAUGAAGCGUGAAGGAUUGAAGCCUGAUAUAUUCACCUACAGCUGCAUGCUGGAUGGGCUCUGCAAGGGUGGCAGAUUCAGGGACGUCGAGGCUCUCUUAGAAGAGAUGGACAAGGUCGGUGUACCCCAUAAUAUCACCAGUUAUAAUUGUUUGAUCAACGGCUUCUGCUCUUCGGGAAAAUGGGAAAGAGCUAUCCAGGUUUUGAAUGAAAUGGUUGCCAAGGGGAUCUCCCCCAAUGUUCUCCUAUGGAACAUACUGAUCGAUGCCCUCUGCAAGGAAGGGGAUGUCAGGAGAGCCCAUGAGCUCUUUGACCUGAUUAUCGAAAGAGGAGAGAAGCCUGAUACCGUGUCAUAUGGCUCACUAAUCAACGGGUACUGUUUACUGGGUCAGAUGGAGGACGCGUGCAGGCUCCUUGAUUGCAUGAUUCGCAACGGCCCCGAGCCUAAUGUCGUCGUCUAUUCCAUAUUGAUCAAUGGGUACUGUAGAAAUGGACAGAUCAACAAGGCGAUGGGUCUUCUGAAGGAAAUGAGGAGCAAAGGCUUACAGCCCAACUGCGCCGCAUACAAUUCCUUGAUAAAGGGGCUAUUCAGGGUUGGAAGAGUUGCUGCCGCCAAGGAAAUGUAUGAUGAGAUGCAGGCUCAUGGUCUGGCCCCAAAUUUCUGCACUUGGCAGACCCGACAGGGAUGGAGCACGGCAAGGCUUAGGUCCCGUCGGACUCGAUCGGAGUGA